AUGGCGAGCAUUUCGAUUAACGCCCCCGGCCUGAGUAACGGCCUCUUAUAUAACAACGGCGACAACAAUGCGCGACUCUGUAUUACGGCUGAGACUGGUGAAUUUGACAUCGAGACGAUCAAAAAUUGGCAGGAAGAAGGUUUCGACGUUGUCUAUUUACCACUGAACGAGGGCGGCAAGGACUAUGAGGCCCGACUACGGAGUGUCAAAGAGGGACUCGGCGUGGGAGAGAACUAUGGAGUGAUCGCAUUCGGAGAAGCUGCCAGCUAUUGUCUGGACUACUAUAUGAAGGGCCAGAAUUGCAGCAGGCUCUGCUGUCUAGUCGCAUACUACCCAACUGUUAUCCCCGAUACGCGCUGCCGCUUCCCACUCGGACUCGAAACCCUAGUCCAUCUCGCUGGUAGCACCGUGAAUGUCACAACCGUUCCGACUGCGCUUGGAAUCCAGGGCAAGAAGCGUCGCACAACACGACCAAUCAACCCGGGCAUUGGAACCGGCGAGCGUCUCCAAUUGGCAUACCCAACUUUCACCUAUGACUCCGCACAACCCGGUUUCGCGGAGAAUGAUAUGGAGGAGUUUAAUCACUUGGCCGCAGAUCUCGCUUGGACGCGGACAAUCAAGGUCGUGCGCAAGGGAUUCUCCCGAGAUGUGGACCUGGAAAAACGGUGGGAGGAUCAUCAGGAGAGUAAAUUCUUCGCGAGUAACCUGAAUAACACUAUGGACGGAUAUGUCAAGCACAAGACCCCGGCUGUUACCUACACCUCGACACUAAGCGGUGGAAUCGGAUCACAGGCUCUGCGCCGUUUCUACGGAGAGUACUUCCUUGGCAAACUUCCCCCGUCCAUGCGAAUCCGUCUUCUAUCCCGAACGACGGGCGCCGACAGGAUCGUAGAUGAACUCUACAUCUCAUUCCAACACACCCAAGAGAUCCCAUGGAUGCUCCCCGGUAUUCCCGCAACAGAAAAGCGCAUCGAGAUCAUCCUAGUCAGUAUAGUCAGCAUGCGAGGCGGCCGUCUAUCCUCAGAACAUGUAUAUUGGGACCAAGCUAGUGUGUUAGUCCAGGCAGGCCUUCUAGACCCGAAGCUUGUGCCAAGUGGAGUCCAGGGUGUCGAUAGAUUACCUGUUGUUGGACGGGAGGCGGCUCGACGCAUUCUGCAUGAAGAUCCGGAACUUGAGCAAGAGGAUUAUCAUAAUCGGAUGAUCAGGAGGGCAAAUGCUCGGUCGAGGAGGGAGCGUAGUGGACGAGCUUCGACUGUUGCGGAUGAGUCGGGGGCUGAAUUUAAGAGUGAGGCUGAAAUGGGUAAUGGAAACAAGGCAAAGGGGAAGUCGGUUUUGGAGAGGCGUCCUCCUAAGCUUCAGCGUGGUCAGACGGAAAAGACUGAGAAUGGGGGUGAUGAGGGGACGGCUACGGAGACUGAGUCUACGGCGCCUUCUAAGCCUGAAAAUGGAGAUCACAAGGCUUAUGUGGAGGAUGGUAAUGGAGAGGAGCAUUCUUAG